GGCGAGAGCAGGUGAUGUGGGAGCCGGCGGGGGUAUUUGCCGGCUACACCGAGCGUGGGCCGGAAGUGGAGGAGCCGAGAGCGGCGCCGCAGAAGCUCCGGGCUACACCGUGGCGACGGCGGCGGCCCCUCGGCUGGAGGAGGACGAUGAGGAGCGACGGAAGCGGCGCGGGGGGACGCUACUGCGCGGCGCCGGGUUCCGAGUCCGCGGCCGACUGCGCAGCCUGCGAGCAGGUCUAACAGCAAUGGUGUUGGAUUCAGCUGGACAUUCUCAUUCUCAGAAGACCAUACCUGGCACCAGCCUCCCUCUGCUGUGUGGAAAGACGUGGAUAGGAAACCUGGCCUGGCAGCAUCAGGACGCUUACGGAGAGCCACAAUGGAAAAGUACUGGAUGCUGUGGAACUUUGUUGAAAGAUGGCUAAUAGCUUUGGCUUCAUGGUCUUGGGCUCUCUGCCGUAUUUCUCUUUUACCUUUAAUAGUGACUUUCCAUCUGUAUGGAGGCAUUAUCUUACUUUUGUUAAUAUUCAUAUCAAUAGCAGGUAUUCUCUAUAAAUUCCAGGAUGUAUUGCUUUAUUUCCCAGAGCAGCCGUCUUCUUCACGCCUUUAUGUUCCCAUGCCGACUGGUAUUCCACAUGAAAACAUUUUCAUCAGAACCAAAGAUGGAGUGCGUCUAAAUCUUAUUUUGAUAAGAUACACUGGAGACAAUUCGCCCUAUUCCCCAACUAUAAUUUAUUUUCAUGGGAAUGCAGGCAACAUAGGUCACAGGUUACCGAAUGCAUUGCUUAUGUUGGUUAACCUCAAAGUUAAUCUUUUACUUGUUGAUUAUCGAGGAUAUGGAAAAAGUGAAGGAGAAGCAAGUGAAGAAGGACUCUACCUAGAUUCUGAGGCUGUGCUGGACUACGUGAUGACCAGACCUGACCUUGACAAAACAAAAAUUUUUCUUUUUGGCCGUUCCUUGGGAGGGGCAGUAGCUAUUCAUUUGGCCUCUGAAAAUUCACAUAGGAUUUUAGCCAUUAUGGUGGAGAACACAUUUUUAAGCAUACCGCAUAUGGCCAGCACUUUAUUUUCAUUCUUUCCAAUGCGUUACCUUCCUUUAUGGUGCUACAAAAAUAAAUUUUUGUCCUACAGAAAAAUCUCUCAGUGCAGAAUGCCUUCUCUUUUCAUCUCUGGACUCUCUGACCAAUUAAUCCCACCAGUAAUGAUGAAGCAACUUUAUGAACUCUCCCCAUCUCGGACUAAGAGAUUAGCCAUUUUUCCUGAUGGAACUCAUAAUGAUACAUGGCAGUGCCAGGGUUACUUCACUGCCCUUGAACAGUUCAUCAAAGAAGUAAUAAAGAGUCAUUCUCCUGAAGAAAUGGCAAAAACUUCAUCUAAUGUAACAAUUAUAUAAUGUUUUUCUUUUUGAUUAAUGCACUGUAUUUUAAUUUGUGCAGAAUGAUAAAGAAUGUUCCUUUCUAGAAGUGUGUUAUAUCUGUACUUGUCUGAAGAGUGACAUUAAACUUUGAAAGGACUUCAGUGCUCCUUUAAAAUGAUCCAAAUAGUUUUUUACAUUUGAAGAACUAUAAUUAUCGGGAUUUCAUACAUUUUCAUCGAACCUUUCAAUGUGGUUAUGUAUCCAUACCUUUAGUUUAAUAUGCUAUCAUAAUAGCAUAUUAUAUUCAAAAGUUUCUUGUUGCUAAAGUUGUGUAAUCUAUGUGACACUUAGAUUAAUGACUAAGUGUGGAAGGAGACAUGUAAACAAGAAACCUUUGGGUAUUAUUCCUUUAGUAAAUAUUGGGACAAUCAUGGUAAGCAAACUUAGUUCUGUAAUUGCAUUUUUCACCUUAAAAGUUAAAAUGAAAUGCAUGAUGGUAUUUUAUUCCUUGACUUAUGCAAUGCAAUGUUUUUAAUGUAAAUACUGAUCAUAUACCAAUGUAUAUGGUAACCUGGGUUAUAUCUAUUUUUAUGUAAACUCUAUUUUGUUUUUAGCAAGAAAUGAAAUUGAGGCCUAUGUGCAGGUUGCCGUUGAAUUUUGCUCUGGUGAAUGCUGAGAUCCAGCUUUUUCUUACAAAUAAAUGGGACCCCAUUUUCCAAUAUAAACGUACCAUGUUUUGUUAGGUACAGUCUGGAUCAUGGCAUGUAAAAAUAGAAAUUGAGAAUUUUACUGCAGCUUUGAUGUGCAUAUUUGAACUUUUUAACAUUUGUAAUUUUGGUGGCAAAGAGAAUUUUAGCUUCUGUCGAUUUUGUAAGUCUACAGCUGAACCACUAAUAGCAGUCAUAAUGAAGAUUAGAAUCUGUUAAGAAUUAGGAAGUCUUAUCAUUACAUUAUUGUACAUACUGUUUUACAAGAAUUCCCACAUUUCAUUUUUAAGUCCAAGUAUCUAGGUAUAUCUAUCCCACUAAAGCCAGGAUAUCAUUUAUUGGACUUUCUGAAAAUAAAAGUUACAAAAACAAAAGUAAAUGAAAACUAUAUUCUUUGGUCUGAUGUUUCAGUUAUGAAAUAGAAGAACUGCAUCAAAAGACAGCUUUAGGAAGUCUUAUUUAUUUUCUACAUGUGAGAAUGUGUGGAUAAAGGAACUCUAGAGCUUUUGAUCACAGAACGUGUGACCACAUUCAACAAUUAAAUGGCUGUAAGUGGGAAGUAGUAUUUAGACAUAUAGAAGGUAAGAAAAAUCUUAUCUAAAAAAAGAGCCCCUUAAAACUUACAGGAUUUACCUUAAGAUAUAUAAGCUAAGUUGUUUCAAGCAGUCCUCAAAAAUUAGAUGUAAUUGAGCUCUGUACGUUAUGUCAGCUUUAACAUAUGAUAUUCUGAGUAUUUUAGCUAUAUUUAUUGGCUUUGUGCAAGCAGCUAGGGCAGAGAAAUAAUGGGUCAAUAAUCUUGACCUUAAUUGAAACUCUUUCCAUGGAGAUAGGGCUAGAAAUACUUUUGCCAAAUAACAUUCUUAUCAUUCACUUUAUGUCAGUAUUUAGAAAAAAAUAUAGCAAGUGUGAUUUCUAAAGGAUAAUGUUUUCUAUAAAUUGUAAAAAAGUCAUGCGUUUUUAAAAGUUGGAAACGCGUAUUAUGGAAGGUGUAUUUUGUAUUUAUAAAUUCACUACAAUUAAAGGCUACUUUUCAUCUUGUCAAUCAUUGCUAUGUAGAAUGACUAUCCUAAAUAGUAAUGUAUUAACAAGAACGUUAAUACAACAAAAUGUAGUGUAUUUAGACAUGAGCUUAAAUGGCACACCUUAGACUUGUAUCAUUCUUUAAAGUUUACAAAGUACCUUAUGUUUUCAUGUGAUGAUUUAGUCUAGUACACUAUGGAGGAAUUUAUCAACUUUAGUUACAAAUAUUAUGCUGAUGAAGUAUAAAAAGCUUUUUCUUCAUCAGUGUUUUGUUUUAUGCUGCUCUUUUUUUUUUUUUUUUUUUAGUAUUCCAGGUUUAUUAACAAUCCCCGCCUCUUCUUUUUGACCCAGGACUUAAGAAGUUGUGGAGUACAUGUGUCCCAUCCCUACCUUCAUUCUCCUCUUUGGGUUGAGGAGCCUUUCUUUCUGCAGCAAAAGGAAAAGGUGUCUAGGGUUGUAGCACAUCUUUCCUUCCUAGCUUCCUUCUGUAUUUGAGACUGGUUCCUUAGAUGGGAAGGGGGUAGAAGACAAACUCCUAUUAUCAGGGGUCCAUGAAGCCUUUGGCAUCAUUUUUAAUAAAACGUGAAUUUUUCAUGAGUCACACCUUCA